AUGCCCGCUGAGACCGUCGUCCGCCCUCGCCCUCCCGUCGCCAACCACCCUGCCGACCCGGCCACCCUCCUCCUCGACCCGCACGUCGACGCCGACCAGGUCGUCGCCCAGCACCAGCCCAGAUCCGUCACCGAGAACGUCGCCUCAAGGUCCGCCCGGGUCGAGUACGUCCCGCCCGUCCCGUCGCCCGUCCUCGAGCUCCUCCAGACCUCGCCGCCGGUCACGCCUACCGUCUCGACGACCAGCUCGACGUCCAAGCCGUUCGUGCCCGCACCGCCUGUACCCCACCCGCACUUCCUCUUCCAGGCCCCGAUGAGCGCUCGCACCCGGCCCGCCGACUCGCCCACGGCGUCGUCGUCGUCCAAGGGGUCGUUCAAGCGCGCGUUCGCCUCCGUCUUCAGCCCCAACGCGGUCAAGCCCGACGCACGCCCGUCGGGUGCGCCGUUCCGGCAGGUGAACACGCCCGUCGUCGCGCCGGUCGCGGCGCCGAUGGACCAGGCGACGAGGCGGCUGCGGGCGCUCGAGAUUGCGAGGGAGACAGGCCGCAAGGCGGUCGCGUACGUGCGGCGCAAGCUCAACUCGAAGACGCCCGAGGACCAGCUGCCCAAGACGUGGAAGGAGUUCGACGUCCUCUACGCCAACGGCGACGUCGACGUCUCGGAUCCGCCACUACCGCCGCAGCGCCACGCCGAGGAGGGCGCCGAGCCGACGCCGUUCGAGCGGCGGUACUACAUCGCGCCCAUGGGCCCAGACGAGCCGAUGCGCCAGGACGUCGUCGACCGCCUCGACCUGUUCGGGCGGCGGCAGAUGGCGUCGCAGGUCACGCUCGACAUCACGUCGCCGAGCGCGAGGUCGGUCGCCAUGUCGCCGACCGACAGCCUCGCGAGCGAGAGCAGCUACCUCACGACGCCCUCGUACGCCUCGUCGGCUCGCCGCCACUCGUCCUCGGCCGCCUCGACGACGUCGACCACGACCGCGGCCACAACCGCCAACCCGCCGUCGCCCGCCCUCGACCAAGAAGCCGUCGACUCGCUCGAGAACAGCCCCGUCUUCCGCUCCAUCAUCUCCAAGGCGCGCGAGAUCUUCGACGUCCCGAUCGCGCUCGUCACGGUCCUCGACGGCGACAAGCAGAUGUUCCUCGCGUCGGGCGGCCUCCCCGAGGGCUUGGGCAACGCCCUGCCUCGCACGUCGUCCUUCUGCCAGCACUCGAUCCUCGGCGGCGGCAUGGUCGUCCUCAACGCGACCGACGACUGGCGGUUCGCCCAGAACAUGAUCACGACCGACCUCGGCGGCCGGUUCUACGCCGGCACGCCCGUCAACUGCCACGCUCCCGGCGAGACCGACUCGGCGGCGAUGCCGAUCGGCAGCCUGUGCGUCCUCGACACCAAGGCGCGCAGCGACUUUGGCGACGCGCACCGCCGCGUCCUGCGCGACCUCGGCCAGCAGUGCGCCAACGCGAUCGAGGCGUGGAGCAGCGAGCGUCGGGCGCACAAGGCGCGGAACGUUCGCGGCACGAUCCCGACCGAGUCGGCGCCGCAGCUCGCCGCGUCGACGUCCGAGUCGUCGACCACCGCCGCCGACCCGGCCGCACGCUCGACGACCGACCUCGCUCGCCCUCUCGCUCCUCCUGUCGGCCGAGCCCCGUCUCUCGCCGCCUCCUGUUCGUCGACGACCUUCCCUCAUCGUCGUGGCAGCGCGUCGACCAACCCGCCGAGCUCCGCUCUGCCCGCCACGCCUCCCGCCUCGAUUCGACACGGCGGCGCGCACGGACCUGCCCUCGCCCAAGCGCACCAGCACCACCGCCGCACGAUCUCGGACGCCGACUCGGUGCGCACGAUGGCCUCGUCGUCGCUGCACGGUGCGAGCGACCUCGGCUCGUCGUCGGCGGCGGGCACGGCGGCUCAGCCGAGGCGGCCGUCGGCGCUCUCGCUCGGCGUCACGACCGAGGACCCGAUCUCGGCCCUGCCGCGCGACGUGCAGAAGAUGUUUGACGCCGCCGUGCGCAUGCUCGCGAGGUCGCUCGAGCUCGAGCUCGUGUACCUCGCCGCGCUCGACCUCGCCGGCCUCGGGUCGUCGGUCCUCGAGUCGGACAGCGCCUCGGUCUCGUCGGCCGCGCUCUCGUCGAGCGCAGCGGCGAGCGGCAACGGCGUGAGGCUGCGCGUCCUGGCGGCGCACGGCCUGCCGACGCCGCCGCCGUCGUUCGACCCGGCGCUGCACGUCAAGGCGUUGCGCGCGCCCGAGGGCGGGCUCAUCUACAAGAACCCGCGCUUCUCGCCGUCGGCGUCGGCGUCGUUUGCGGCGGGCAUCCUCAUCCCGGUCCUCGAGGUGCGCAGGACCGGCUUCGUCCUGUGCUCGUACUCGCGCGACCCGGCGCGGCAGUUUGUCCAGCGCGACCUCGCCCUCCUCGUCAAGAUGGCCGAGUCGCUCGAGACGAGCUGCGUCAAGGCGUCCAAGUCGCUCCCCUCGGCCGCCUUCAUCUAG